AUGCCCAUUCAGGUUCGCCAGGUGCGACCAUCGGAUCUGCCAGCCCGCGAACGCGUCUUCAGUGGCGCCUUCUCUUCUGGCCUGAGGCCUCACAUUUUUCCCAAUGGCAUGUCCGAGGCAGACCUUAUCCACAGCUUCAGCGAAAACCUCAAUGGUCUCAAGACCAAGAUGAGCACUUCGGACUCUGAAGCUGGCCAGCGUGCUUUUGUGGCCUAUGACACAGACACCCCUGCCGACCCUUCUGAUCUUGUGUUUCCAGAGGCAUGGGAACACAAAGCAGAGGCUGAGCUGAGCGAGGAAGAGAAGAAGAAUGCAAAGAAGGUGGUGGGUGUUGCGAUCUGGGUGUUACAGCCUUCUGCACGUACGCAAGAGCAAAUCGACAAGGAAGCCGCCAAGGAAGAACCUCAUGCCCAUGCUCCCGGUGCUAACGGCGCUUUACUGGAUGCUAUGGAUGCGGCCAUGACGGCCAGUAAGAAGAAGUGGAUUGGCUUGGAGCCAUAUCUGUAUCUCAGGGUUCUCGCUAUCGAUCCUGCCUAUCAACGUAGGGGCGUUGGAUCUUUGCUCUUGGAUGAAGGAUUGGCGAUCGCGGAUCGUUGUGGUAUACAGGCUUAUCUGGAAGCUACCAAGGUGGGCAGACCUUUGUACGCCAGGUAUGGGUUUGAGGAUAAAGAAUACAUGGAUUUUGAUGUUGUCAAGUAUGCACCAGCGGCGAAGGAUGACCCUCCGCAUGAAUUUAUGGUUAUGGUCCGACCUGCCGGAGCAAAGAAGGUUGGUGGAAAGGCUUGA